AUGCUAAGGAGUGAAAAGAUGUGUUUAGUGUCGAUGUAUUUCAGCAAGGACACAGCAAAGCAAACAAUUACCGAGAUAGGAAAGAACGGGCUGCUCCACUUCAAAGAUCUUAAUAAGGACAUCAAGAGCGAGAAUCUGCUAUAUACCAGAGAAAUAACACACAUGGAAAAACUCAUUUCGAGACUACAGUAUCUAACUGGAGAUGUCAACGAGGUUGACGAGGGAAUCAAGCACAGCGACAUAGAUCAGGUGGAGGAGCAGGUUAACAAAUUUUUUUCUAGGUUGACACAACUGAAGUCGAUAAAGAAGGAGACCAAUACGAAUCAAACCAAGUUAAAGGAGGAUCUGUACAUGCUGGAGGAGACCGAGAACUUCCUUGGAACGGUUACGGAGGAAGCGCAUCUUGUCCAGUUUGAUUUUAUGACCGGGAUAGUCGAGAAAGGUAAAAAGCUCUUGAUAAGAAAGGUACUUCACCAGGCAUUGCGAAGAAAUUUAGUGAUAAGGACAAGGGAUGUUGAGGACGGAACAAAGGCUGUAUUUAUUGUGUUUGCACAUGGGAGUGAGGCACUGGAGAAGGUUAAGGACAUAUUUUCCUCUCUGGGAGGGAGGAUACUUGACCAUAAGAAGUUCAGGGAGUGCAAGCGAGGGCUGCUUGAGCUGAGUGCAACUAUAAGCCAGAUGCAACAGAUUGAAGAUCAUAAUGAUGAAGCAAUAGGAAAAGAGCAUGAAAAGAUCAGGCAUCUUGCAAAUACCUGGAGAUAUUAUCUAAACAAGGAAAUGAAGAUAUAUCAAACUCUCAACAAGCUCAGCUUCGACUUUGAUCGGGAUUGUCUUGUGGGGGAGGCUUGGAUUCUCAGAGAGAACAUAAACAAGCUGAAAAGGAUCAAUGAGAUUAAAGGGGACGGAACGAGUCUGUUUGCAUUUGAAGUUACAGAAAGCAAGGAGAUGCCGCCCACAUACUUUAAGACAAACGAGUUUACGGAGCCCUUUCAGAUUCUCACGAAUACCUAUGCAAUCCCGUCGUAUGGAGAAAUCAAUCCUGCCGUAUUUACACUGUUCACUUUUCCUAUGCUCUUUGGAUGUAUGUUUGGGGAUGUGUUUCACGGGUUACUGCUUCUCUGCCUAUCGAUGUAUCUGAUAAGGAACUCAAAGAAGUUUAAGAAUUGUUCCGAGACCUUACAGAUGAUUGUAAGUGGGAAGUACAUAAUCUUUUCGUUCUCGCUUGGAGCCAUGUUCUUUGGGCUUCUAUACUCUGAUUUUGGGUCUCUUGCGAUUCCUCUAUUCUCUUCAAGCAAAGACAGUAAUCGAACCUAUCCAUUUGGAGUUGACCACAUGUGGCACCACUCCAAGAAUGAAAUGGUCUUUCUCAAUUCUAUGAAGAUGAAGAUGUCGAUAAUAAUAGGGUUUCUACACAUGAGCCUGGGAGUAGUUAUUUCCUUCCUGAAUGCGAUAUACUUCAACGAGCCUGUGGAGAUAUACGGUGUGCUUGUUCCUCAGACAAUUGUCUUCUGCUCAUUCGUUGGAUACAUGGUAUUCUUGAUAAUUUACAAAUGGCUAGUUACAUCCAACUAUCCGUCGAUAAUCGGGGUUCUUGUAAACAUGUUUACGAACCCGUUCGUUGUCACUGAAGAGAUCUAUCCUUAUCAGCAUCGGGUGCAGCUCUUCUUAUUGUUUUUGAUGCUUCUAUGCAUUCCCUGGAUGUUGUUAGGAAAGCCUAUAUACAUGAUGUCCAAGAAUAUGGUGAAAAGAGAAGAGAUUUCAAGCCUAUGGAUCAAUCAAUUUAUCCACGUCGUUGAGUUUGGCCUUGGACUCAUUUCCAAUACUUCCUCGUAUCUUAGGCUAUGGGCAGUUUCUCUUGCCCAUGCUCAGCUUACCAGGGUUUUGCACGAGUUUACGAUAGGGAAGGAAGGGUUCAUUAUGCCUGUUGCACUUUCUGGUAUUUACGUCGUUGGAACUCUUGUUCUUCUUAUUGGAAUGGAAGGUCUUGGAUCAUGCCUUCAUGCUAUGAGACUCAAUUGGGUUGAAUUUCAUUCGAAGUUCUUUAGGGGAAAAGGAUAUCUGUUUGAGCCGCUUGGAUUCAAUAUACCUCUUGAUGAUGAGUGA